AUAUGACGUCCACUCCAUCAUCGUCGUCUAGCUCCAGCUUGGAACAGGAAACACUUUUGAAACCAGAGGAUGUGGAAGCAGUUGUUCAGACUCCAAUUGUACCCAAAAAAUCAUUGGAAAUGAUGGUUGAAGAGAAAAAAGUUGGAAGUUUGGAUGAUUUUAUCACCCUUCGGUGGUACUGUAUGCUGGUACUGCUCAUGGCAGAAUUGACAGCUUUCACAGCAACUGCAAGCAGUAAAGUCAUGGUUUUUGCAGGUGCAAAUCCUGCUGUCAUCGGAUGUGGAGGAACACCGCUAAACGGAUGUCACGAAUUGGCAGCAUUUCGGAAUGAGACCAAUCUAUGUGAACCUGAUCUUAGAUAUCAGUUUAAAUCAGUUCAAGUAGAGUUCAAUUAUAUAUGCGAAGAUGCUAAAAAAGUAAAGAAUACGAUCACAGUUCAAACGUUCGGUGUCCUUGUUGGAGCAGCCAUUUUUGGACAAGUUUCAGACACAUUUGGAAGACGUAAAGCUUUACUUAUUUCUACAUUGGGAAAUGGACUAUUUAAUUGGAUCACUGCGUAUUCUCCUGAUUUGUUUUAUUUUAUGGUUUGGAGAACUUUGGCUGGAGUUUUCACAGGAGGGGUUACUGUUGUUCAAAUGGUUUUUAUGGUCGAAAAUAUUCCACGCAAGGAUCGUAUGUGGAUUCAAAACUCAAUCACAUGGUCUCCAAAUCUAAUUCUAUUCCCAUUCGUUGCAUGGCUUUGUCAAGAUUGGAGAACAAUGUCCGUUGUUAUUGCAGCUUCUUCUAUUGCAACAUUUUUAGCUUGUUUAAUUCUUGAAGAGUCUCCACGUUGGCUCAUUCAAAAAGGACGAAUUGAAGAAGCUCGUAAAUCACUUAUUAGAAUUCGAAAGACCGAUAAAUUAUACGAUGAGACGUUUGAAAAACAGCUCGAUGAAGUGCUUCAUGUUGAAGCUGAAAAACACGCAAGAAGCUCGAAAAAAGCGAAGAAGUACACAUUUAUUCAUUUGUUCUGCACAUGGAAAAUGAUUGCACAAUCCCUAACUUUUAUUACUGGAAUAACAUGUACAACAUUUAUUGUAUAUUCAUUGAUGUACAACAUGGAAAAGCUAUCUGGAUCUUUGUACUGGAAUCUUGCAAUUAUGGGGGCUUCUCGCUGGAUUAUAAACAUUGCUGUGAGCAUAGCUGACUACAAACUUCCAUGGUUUGGAAGAAAAAUGAUCAACCAAAUUGCAAUGAUAUGUACACUUUUCGCGCUUCUCAUGAUUGCCGUUUAUCUCUAUUUUGGAUAUAAUGGACAAUUAAUUGCAAUCGGAACUGUGGCUGCUGUUUCCAUGUGCUCACAACUUUUCAUUGCCAAAUAUAUGAUGGUUAAUGAGCUUUAUCCAACUGCCGUCAGAAACUUAGCAGUUUCCGCUGUUUCAACCAUGAGCAGAAUUGGAAGCAUGUUCUCACCACAAUUGUUUUAUUUGAGUGACUAUGCCGAAUGGAUUCCCUACGCAGUACUAUUCUCCUGCCAACUUUAUGAUUUCAUUGUUUUAUCUUUAUUCCUACCAGAAACAAAAGGAGUUAUCUUGGAAAACCAUUUACCUCCAAAACAUAAAAGAAUCUUUGGAAAACGUUCAUGAUGAUGUAUUUUCUUUGUAUAUAAAUGUAUUAAAAUCAUU